AUGGCCUGUGUACCGUCCCUGGACGCGGCGAAAGACUUCACAGUAGACGGUCUCACGGGGUACAACGGAAAGAAGAAGAAGAAAAAACGCAGGCACAGCCGCACCAUCUUCACGUCGUAUCAAUUGGACGAGCUCGAGAAGGCUUUCAAGGAUGCUCACUAUCCAGACGUGUACGCGAGAGAGAUGCUCUCGCUGAAGACAGACCUCCCGGAAGACAGGAUACAGAAUAUAGCUAACUACAAGUUUGUAAUUAUAACUAACGGUUGUCUGUCCGUCCGUCGGUUCCACACAACGUUACCUCAAGUAUCUCCUCGCCUCCCCCGCCCCCCGCCCCAGUCGCCGCUGCGAACACAAACACACCCCCACCUCAGCACACCCUCGCGGACAUACAUUUAUGAAAAUUUAAUUUUCCACGACCCACAAACUAAAAUAUACCGUAUACUGACCGAGUAA